AUGGAUGGUGGUAGAACAAAGAAAAUACUACUGGCGGGCGACUGGAAUGGAAAUUUUGGAUUAAAGCAGGAUGACGCGGAGAAGCUGGGGCAAUAUGGAUAUGGUGCCAGGAAUAGAAAUGGUCAACUACUCAUGGACUUUGCCGUGGAACAGAACCUGUGGGUUUUGAACACCUGCUUCAAGAAGAGAAUGGGUAGAAGGUGGACAUGGAAGUUGGCUGGAGCGAGGAACCCGACCAAAGUCAUGAUUGACAUGUUUCUAUCAGAAGAUCGUGGAUGGAUAAGGGAUGUGAGAGCUAUGGUGAUGGGAUUCAGUGAUCAUAAGUUGGUAUUGGCCAUUCUGGAGAUUAUGGCAAAGGUCAGACGAACCAGAAGGGUGAAUAAUAUUAUGGUCGGGGACAGAAGGAAGCUCAGACUGGUGCUAGCGAACAAGAGACAAGACCUGUACAGGAUUGAUGAUUUUGAAGCCUUGGUGGAUGAGCAGAAAGUAAUCUACAACGAAUGCGCUAUCUCCAAGGAAGUCUCAGCUAAAUUUGGACCAGUAACGAUUGAAUGGAUGAGAAUUAGUUAUGCAAAGAGGAUCCUUUACAAUGAGGGUGGAAUCGGAGAAGAGGAAAUGAAGAGCAUUGACAGGACGACAAGGAAGAUGAUUGAGAAUGAUUUGAGAUGGUGGAAAUUGGAGGUCAUAGGCAGGGCGAUCCGGAAUGGUAGAUUAAGAGCAGGAAGGAGUGAGAAGUCGGUGGUCAAAAGCAUUGGGAUUCGGCUGCACAAAGAAGGCGGAGGCAGUACAAGCACAUCGGCCGAAGCUGUUGGGACGAUCGUGGAUCACUUCAGAAGACUAUACGAGGAUUUGUAUUGUGGCCCAAUACUCACUGAAGAUCCAAGCAUUGUGAUUGACCAGGUCUCUGUGGAGGAAGUGAAGGAGACGAUUAUGAAGCCCAAGGGAGGCUGGAACGUUGGAGUAGAUGGAACCAGAGCUAUGGUGAUCAAGGAAAUAGCGAGAAUGAGUCCUGAUCUGAUUGCAAGGAUACUCAACAGGAUGUUGGUGGCCAAGUUAUUGGACGAAAGGAUGGCUACUUCAAGUCUGGUAUUGAUUUUGAACAAGGGAGACGUGAUGGACAUUAACAACCACCGGCCGAUCAGCAUGGCCACUACUAUGUACAAAAUUCUGUCCAGAAUUGCACGGAGAAGAGUGGAAACCCAGAAAGAAGGGAAACUGAAGCCCGACCAAGCUGCUUUCAGAAGAGGGUACUCGGCAGCAAAUCAUUUGGUGACACUGAAUCUGUUGUACCAAAAGACGCAUGAGUUUAAGAUGAAUUUGGUGGUCACUUUCGUGAAUUUUAUGAAGGCUUUUGACUCCCUGAAGAGAAUUAUGAUCUGGGAGGCACUGCAAAGUUAUGGAGUGGAUGGCAGCACUAUUGAGAUGGUCAAAUGCAUGUACGGAGUUGGCAGUACGGUGGUCAGGAUUGGUUCAGCAGAAGGACAUUUCAAGACCUGGAAGGGCAUAAAGCAAGGUGAUACACUAUCACCAUUGCUAUUUGUCCUAACGGUACAAUAUGCUAUGGAGAAGUUGGAUUGGAGCGGUUAUGGGCUGAGAAUUGGCCAUACCUGGAUAAGCAAGUUAUGUUAUGCGGAUGACAUUGUACUAGUGGCUAAAGAUAUGGUGGAGAUGCAACGUAUGUUGGACGGAGUGACUGAAGAAUGUGCGAAGAUCGGUUUGGUGAUCAACAAACAGAAGACAAUGUGGAUGGGAGAGGUGGAUGGUGCACUGCAGGUGAAUGGUGAAGCAAUUCAGAAGACAAGCUGGUACAAAUACCUUGGACAACACUGCGAAAUGCCGAGGAGAACGGACAUUGAAGUUCAGAAGCGAAUUCAGGCAGCCUGGGCCGCUUUCAGGGCGGAAUAUGAUCUCCUGACCAGUAGAAAGACGGAGGUAUGGAUCAAAAGAAAGUACUUCAACAUGUGUGUACUAGGCGAUGACUUAUGGAGCUGAGAGUUGGGCACUGAGGCUGGCGGACAAAUGGAAACUCGAACGGUGUCAAAGAAGAAUGGAGCGAGCGAUGUUGGGACUGACACUACGGGAUGAAGUGAGAAGCAGACAAAUCAGGGCUCGGACUAAACUGAAAGAUGUGGUGGAAGCGGCAAUCACACUAAAAUGGAAGAUGGCGGCGAAAAUCGCAAGAGCAGGAAAUGAACGGUGGACUGGAAUGUGCUAA